CAAAUAUUCACCACUUCAAAUCACAUACAUAUAAUUCAUCUUCUUCACACACUUCUGUACUUUACUCACUAACAAUGUCUGCUUCUCCAUCUCCCUCCACACUCUGGCUAUGCCUUAUGUUAAUAAUAACUCUCUCUUGUUCACUAGGCUCACCUGCUCAUGCAUUCAGUUCCCAGCAGUACCAUGAAGCUCUUGAGAAGUCCAUUCUCUUCUUUGAAGGCCAGCGUUCUGGAAAAUUACCCUCCAACCAGCGCCUCACCUGGAGAGGCGAUUCUGCCUUGUCCGAUGGCUCUUCUUAUCAUGUGGACUUGGUGGGGGGUUAUUAUGAUGCAGGAGACAACGUCAAGUUUGGGCUUCCAAUGGCAUUUACCACUACGUUAUUGGCAUGGAGUGUCCUUGAAUUCGGAAGCUCCAUGCAUGACCAGAUUGAAAAUGCCAGAGCUGCUGUCCGCUGGGGCUCUGAUUAUCUCCUUAAAGCAGCAACUUCCACUCCUGAUACAUUAUACGUCCAAGUGGGAGAGCCUAACAUGGACCAUAAGUGCUGGGAAAGGCCAGAGGACAUGGACACUCCUAGAAACGUGUAUAAGGUGACCCCUCAAAGCCCAGGAUCAGAUGUGGCCGCCGAGACUGCUGCUGCAUUGGCAGCUUCUUCUUUAGUCUUCAAAGAAUCAGACCCUCAGUAUUCCUCCAAAUUACUUCAAGCCGCCAUUAAAAUAUUCGAUUUUGCAGACCGUUACAGGGGAUCUUAUAGUGACUCUCUUAAUUCCGUGGUCUGCCCAUUCUAUUGCUCCUACUCUGGAUAUCAUGAUGAGCUUCUGUGGGGUGCAUCGUGGAUUUACAAAGCCUCUGGAAGUAGUUCCUAUAUGAGUUAUAUACAAUCCAAUGGCCACGUGUUAGGUGCAGAUGAUGAUACCUACUCCUUCAGUUGGGAUGACAAGCGAGCGGGAACUAAAGUUCUACUCUCCCAGGAAUUCUUGGAGAAGAAUACUCAAGAAAUGGAAGUAUAUAAAUCACACGCGGACAAUUACAUAUGUUCACUCGUACCAGGAUCGCCAGGAUUUCAGGCUCAGUACACUCCAGGUGGGCUUCUUUACAAAGGCAGCGAGAGCAAUCUGCAGUAUGUUACAUCCUCGAGCUUGCUGCUUUUGACUUACGCCAAGUAUCUGAGUUCGAGCUCCAUUGGAGUGCGGUGCGGCGGCUCCACCGUGACGGCACAGAGCCUCGUUGCACUGGCCAGAAAGCAAGUUGAUUACAUUUUAGGGGAUAAUCCGGAAAAAACAUCUUACAUGGUGGGUUUUGGAGAGAGGUAUCCAAAGAAUAUUCACCACAGGGGUUCUUCUGUACCUUCCAUUCAUGAUCACCCUCAACGUAUUUCCUGCGACGACGGCUUUCAGUACUUCCAUUCUUCCUCUCCUAACCCGAAUAUCUUGGUCGGAGCCAUCGUCGGAGGACCCGACAGUUCCGACCGGUUCUCUGAUGAUCGGAAUAACUAUCAGCAAUCCGAGCCGGCGACUUACAUCAAUGCACCCCUGGUCGGGGCUCUGGCCUUUUUCUCCGCUAAUUAAACCCACCGCCACUUGAUUACUCAUGUAAUGGACGUUGUGCUGUUAAACAAAUCAAGUAGCACCGAUAUAUUUUAUGAAAUAUGGAUGUGGAUUCCUGCAGUGCAUUGCAGAGGCUGUAAUUAAAAAGAGAGACUUGAGAAUGUCUUUUAUUCGAAAGUCUUUCUGACUUUUUAAUGUGAAGCUUUAUUCCAUGUCUCACUACACUUGUAAUGUUAGAAUUUAGAAGUUAGCUUAAUUUCCCA